AUGUCUUUGGAGUGUGAGUAUAACGUCCAGCCUUUCUACGUCGGCUUUGUCGAGACCCGCGACGAUGCUGUGAUCCUGAUCGGUGCUUGUGUUCGAGGCCAGUUGCGAGUCGUCCGCCGUCGUCCUACCUUGUCUGAACGACCGGUGGUGGCGCAAAGCGGACACGUUUUCGUCUAUGAGGAGGAAGCCUCUGGAAUACGGCGUUGGACCGACGCGCGACAUUGGAGCCCGAGUCGAGUUCUGGGCGAAUUCUUGAUAUAUGGAGAGCGAAAUCAGUCACAUCCUGUGAGCACCGCCAAUCAACCAUGGUUGGGUGAAGCCGAGUCAGACAAUCGACAACAAGCGCUUUACGGACCUUUGGUCAAAUCUUUCCACAUUGCACUGGGCACACUAGUCAAGAAAACCAUCAAGGUCCCCGACCAAGACCAUUCUGGCACCAUGUGGCAUGUGGUGUCCUAUUACCGGCCUGCUGAUGUUUUCCGAGGCCAAUUCCAAACGCCGUCAACGAACCAGGACUUCAAUUUGUCGCCAUGGUAUCAGCCAAGAGAUUCAGUUGUGCCUUCCGGAACCUCAUUUGGUGGUGACGAGAUGAGCGAAAGUAUUGUAUCGCCAGCAAUGCCCUUCUGGGAAUAUUCGUGUGCCACCGAGCAUCAUCACCAACCAAGCUGGUUCAUGUUCAAGAUGACAGGAGACGAAACCAGCCUUAUGCUGUUGCUGCACCGCGGGUUUCCCAUUUCAACGGUUGAGAAGAGACUUUGA